AUGACGAAGACUGUGGAUGAAACCGGGGAUUCGUUCAGGCAUCAGGGAAAGAAUACAGCCAUAGUAGUAUGUUGGUUUCUGGGACUGGGCUCUCUUGUGGCGUGGAACAGUAUGCUGACCAUUGGAGAUUACUACUAUGCAUUAUUCCCGGAUUACCAUCCUUCUAGGGUGCUUACUCUUGUCUAUCAACCGUUCGCUCUUGGAACAAUGAUACUACUAGCAUACAAUGAAGCCAAGAUUGACACUAGAAAGCGCAAUUUGUGUGGAUACACUCUCUUCUUCGCAAGUACCUUGCUGCUCAUAGUUGUUGACUUGGUCACAUAUGGCAAGGGAGGAUUGGGACCUUAUAUAGGCAUAUGUGGACUUGUAGCUGCUUUUGGGGUGGCAGAUGCCCAUGUUCAAGGUGGAAUGGUUGGAGACUUGGCUUUUAUGCUCCCUGAAUUCAUGCAGUCCUUCUUCGCUGGCUUGGCUGCAUCAGGCGUUUUAACAUCUGGUUUGAGGCUAGUCACUAGAGCGGCCUUUGACAAAACUGACCAUGGUCUUCGAAAGGGUACUUUGUUAUUUCUUGCAAUCUCUGCAUUGUUCGAGUUCAUAUGCAUUUUACUCUAUGCAUUUAUCUUUCCAAAGCUACCAAUAGUGAAACACUUCCGGAGUAAAGCAGCUUCACAAGGAUCAAAAACCGUGAAAGCUGAUCUCGCGGCCGCCGGUGUCCAAACACAAGAAGGCCAAGUUGAUGAAGUAAGGAUGACCAACAAGCAAUUACUACUAGAGAACAUCGAUUAUGCUAUUGGUUUGUACCUGAUUUAUAUCCUCACAUUGUCCAUCUUUCCCGGUUUCCUCUAUGAAAAUACAGGAAAACACCAGUUGGGCUCAUGGUAUCCACUAGUAUUGAUGGCAAUGUACAAUCUAUUGGAUUUUAUAUCAAGAUACACUCCCCUUGUGAAGUGCUUAAAUAUUGAAUCAAGAAAGGGUCUCAUGGUGGCGAUUCUUGCUCGUUUCUUGUUCAUCCCAGCAUUCUACUUCACAGCCAAAUAUGGUGAUCAAGGAUGGAUGAUCUUGCUUACUUCACUAUUAGGGUUAACCAAUGGUCAUCUCACUGUUUGUGUUCUUACAGCUGCACCAAAAGGUUACAAGGGUCCUGAGCAAAAUGCCCUAGGUAAUAUCCUAGUGGUGUUUCUUCUUGCAGGCAUAUUUUCAGGUGUUUCUGCUGAUUGGUUGUGGCUCAUUGGUAAUAGCUCAUUUUAA